GUCAAUUUAACUGUCAAUCAGUUCAAUCUCUAUAAUUGAUACUUCCUUGAAUGUUGAAUUUAUUCUCAUUCACAUUUUGCCACACACUGUUUUCCACUUGUUCAUAGUGUGCGAACGAGAAUCAAGCGUACUCGACACUCAAUUUUAUUGAAGGGCGAUUGGAGAUUGCAGAUUCUACAUGAUUUUUGCUGCCAAUCAGCUGUCAGAUUGUGCGCACGCAAAUCCUGCUCGGUAUUUCUGCCAAUUAAUCGGUAAUAAUAACUCUGUCAAAUUUAGCUUUUUUGUUGACAAUAAUUUGUAGCAGGCACAGGUACUUGGCAAGAUUUGCUCUCGGUUUGGAGGAGUCUCUAUCUGGAUUAAAGGGAUGCUAUCAAAAUGGAACUGGAUCAUUUUUAAUCUUAUUGUCUGUGUAACCAUUGUCCCACUGAAUGGCAAUCUCUCGGAAGAUGAAAUCAAAGCUUUUUUACAAUUGAUUGAGAUGGAUUAUGAAGAUGCGUGUUAUAACACUUCCAAUAUUCAGUGGUCUUUCAUUAUUUCACCUUCUAAUAAAACAUUAUCAAUAUGGGAAGUGCAACAAAAUAGUUAUGCAGAAUCUAUCAAAACAUGGAAAAAUGAGGUAAUCAAUAAAACAGAGAACACGAAAGAAGAACUCAAUCCAUCCCUCCGAUAUAAAUAUGAUAUAAUUAAAAAACCAGGUGAUGCACUGCUAAAAGGCAAAGAUUGGGAGAAACUUAUACAUUUUGCUGGCACCAUGGAACUGCAACAAUCAAUUAUCAAUUAUACAAAUGAAUCGCACAACUAUUCACGAGAAGAUGUGGAUUAUUUUCUCUCUCAUAGCAGAAGGCUAGAAGAUAAACAAACUGCCUGGAAUAAUUGGUAUCACCAAUUAAUACCAUUAGUCACAAAUUAUUCAAACAACUUACUAUUGGUUUCUAAAGCUGCAAAAGAAAAUGGUGCCAAAAAUGUUAAAGAAUACUGGGAAAUGUUAUCGGGAUACUCUGAUGGGUAUGACAAAGUAAGCAAUGAAUGGAGUCGGAUUAAUAAUCUUCAUAAGAAGAUUCUAAAAUUUAUCAGUACAAACUUAGCUCAAAAGCAUGAGUUUGUUGUAAACGAUACACUUCCUGCUUAUUUACUUGGUGGCUUACAUAGAUGUGACUGGACAGAUAUAUCAUCAGAUGUAUUACCCUAUUCAGAGUUAAUCUACGACAUUAAAAAAAAUCUUUGGAAAAAGAAAUAUGUCGGAAAAUCUCUGUACAAGACUGCAUCUAAAUUGGGUUCCAUAUUGUUGAAACAAGUUCCACAAGCAGAAUUUUGGGAUAAGAGUGAAUUUAAUCGAAGUUGUCCUUCUAGAUUAUUAAAUUUUUGUCAAGAUGGUACAAUGAGAGUGUUCACUUGUUCUAAAGCCACCAUGAGCAAUUUCUUGAGAGCUCACGAAGAUAUGGGGAAAAUUCUAUUUAAUCAAAUGAGUAUAGAAAGUACUCCUAUUCUCAAUACAAUUAAUAGAUAUUCAGGAUUAGAAGAGGGCAUAUCAACAUUAUUUGGAAUAUUAUCAGUGAGUCCUGCAUGGUUGAAUCAUACUUGUUUAAUGAAUAGUACUAAUAAUAACGAGCAUCGGAUGAUUGUUUCUUUAAUAAUAACUGCCCUUGAUAUACUUCCACGAUUAGCAUAUUAUUACUCUGCUGAUUUAUGGAGAUUAAAUGCGAUUCAAGAGAAAAUUACUAAUCCUGCAGAUUUGGUAUCAUCCUGGUGGAAAUAUAGGCAAGAAUAUGAAGGUGUCUUUUCUAUCAAUGUGGAUAAUCCUACUUUCUUAGAUGACAGUCAUAUUAUUAUGAACAAACCAUAUCUUCCCAAAAUUCUUGGCAUAAUGAUAUCUUUCCUGUUAUAUGAAUAUACUCUAGACUCGACUGAAGUCAGAUACAAUAGCAUUGAUGGAAAAUUGAUGAAUAGCAAUAUAAUAAAAAUGAUUCAACAGGGUGGAGCUCUUCAUUGGCAAGAUAUUCUGAAUAAAUUCGUAGAUAUAGACGACGUAUCCGCGGAUGCUCUCAUUUCUUACUUUACACCACUGGAAGAAUUUAUAGAAGAAAACGAAAAGGAGUUCAAGUAUAAAUCCGGAGCAACCGCGGAUAAAGAACUUGAAGAAUUGGAAAAACAUAUUUUGCAAGAGAUCAAUACUCCAACUGCGACACCACAACUAAUCACUACUAUAAGCAGUAUAACAACAAAAGAUAUGUCAUCACCGCAUAAGAUAACAAGUAAUGCAAAAAACAUGCAAACGAAAAUAGAAAAAUCCAAAUCUUCUGUGUAUACUCGAGAAGAUAAGCUAAAAAAUUCAGCCUCGAGCUUAUCAAACAAAACUUCUUUAGAUAAAUCAUCAUUAACGCUUAAUACUUUCGAUGAUACACAAGAUAGCACACAUAAAAAUAAUACUAGCAAAGCGAUAUGGGCUGUAAGCGCAGUUCUUGUAGCGAUAGUAAUCAUUUGUAUUAUUGCAAUUUUCGGAAGACGAAGAUGUCGCAAAACGCCAAAAAAUAGACGAUACGUUUAGCAGUACACAUUUUUGUUAUUAAAUUAUAUUUAUUUCUCGCAUUUAGUCGUUAAAAAAAUUUAAUCAUGUAAUUUAUUAUCACAAAAGCAUAUCUCAUUCAGGAAGCUAUUCGGUAAUUAAUAUUGGAACAUUAGACAUCACGCAUUCCUUAUAUGAUAUUCCUUGUGUGCUAUAUAUAUUUUAUUUUUCGUGUUAUCAAUUUAUCAUAUAUUCAAAAUUAAAUAUUCCAAAAUUCUAUAUAACUACAAUUAAUAAAAAUUGCACAUCAUUCAACUAAAAACUACUUAUAUUUUUUUUUCUACAUGUAAUUUAAUACUUUAAAUAUAAUUAUUGUAAUAUUCAUAAUGCUAAAUUUGUAUCUUAUUAAUUAGUUUAUCAUGUUCUCGUAUUAUAUUAUAUUUAUAGAAUAAUUAAAGUUGUGUAUAAAUAUUGUGUAUAAUUGAUCAAUGAAAAGAGAUGUUUUAAAAAGAAAAAUAGUUGUUUAAGAAAAAUAAAACUUAUAUAAUAAUAAGAAAAUUAUUAUAUAUAACUUAAAUUAUAGUUCAGUAUAAGUACUUAGUAUAAAUAGACUAUUUUUCUACAAAUAUUUAAUAUUAUCUUUGGAUGUUGCGCUUGUGCAUUGUUUAUGUAUCAUUGGGAGAAAUUUAUAUUUUUUCUAAAGACAUGUAUCUUUUCAAGCAGAGGACAAUAACUAUAAUUGUUCUAUAAAUUAAAAAUGAUACAAUAAUCAAUGCAAUUGUGCCAAAGAAAUCACGCAGUUUAACUUAUAAUAUUUCUAAAAACAUAUACACACAUCUUAUAUCGAGUACAGAAUUAAAGUUAUAUCAGUCGCAAAAGCGUGAAUCGCGCUGUUUUGUUAUUUAAAUAUCUGUUAAAUAAAUAAACAUUUUGCAAAAUAAAAUAAAUUUUAUCUAUU